AGGGAAAUCAAAACAAGACAAAAGACAAAAGUACAGAAAACAGACAUCCGAGUCUCUUGAGCAGCUUAAAACGACGUCGUGUUACACGAAAGAGAAGUAAAAAAGAACACAGGAUAUACAGUAGAGCUUGGUGUAGACGAACGUAGCUUCCUCCUUCACCGUGUACUGCACUCUCUUUCCGUCGCUUUCAGGAAUCUUUUUAAACGACUCCUCUCUCUCUCUCUCUCUCUGAAAUUUUGAACUUGAACUCUUCUCCUUCUUCGCUUGCUUUGAUUUGGGUUCUCGUGCCCCUCUCUCUGUCUAAAUUGGUCAAAAUUGGUGGGAUAUACGUUUAAAUAAUUUGGGUCCUACAUUAAAUAAGGUACACUAGGUUGGCCUUAUUUCAGAGAUGGAGCAGUAUGAAAUUCUAGAGCAGAUUGGGAAAGGUUCUUUCGGUUCAGCUCUUCUCGUAAGGCAUAAGCAUGAAAACAAGAAGUAUGUCCUGAAGAAGAUCCGUCUUGCCCGACAAACUGAUAGAACUCGCCGUUCUGCCCACCAAGAGAUGGAGCUGAUAUCUAAAGCGCGGAAUCCAUUUAUUGUGGAGUACAAAGAUUCAUGGGUAGAAAAGGGUUGCUUUGUAUGCAUUAUUAUAGGAUAUUGUGAAGGCGGAGACAUGGCAGAUGCUAUUAAAAGAACCAACGGUGUUCAAUUUACUGAAGAGAAACUUUGUAAAUGGCUUGUUCAACUCUUGAUGGCACUUGAUUAUUUGCAUGCAAAUCAUAUCCUUCAUCGUGAUGUAAAGUGUUCAAAUAUAUUUUUGACGAGGGAUCAAGACAUACGCUUAGGUGAUUUUGGUCUUGCAAAAAAGCUAACUUCUGAUGAUCUUGCUUCCUCUGUUGUGGGAACUCCAAGUUAUAUGUGCCCUGAACUUCUCGCUGAUAUACCAUAUGGUUCCAAGUCAGAUAUUUGGUCUUUAGGAUGCUGCAUAUAUGAAAUGGCUGCUCACAAACCUGCUUUUAAAGCAUUUGAUAUGCAAGGUCUGAUAAACAAAAUAAAUAAGUCCAUUGUGGCUCCACUUCCGACUAUGUACUCUGUUGCAUUUAGAAGCCUUGUUAAAAGCAUGCUGCGGAAAAAUCCAGAAUUUAGACCAAGUGCUGCAGAGUUGCUUGGUCAUCCACAUCUUCAACCUCAUGUCCUAAAGGUUCAUAUGAAAUUAAAUAGCCCUCGACGGAGUACUUUUCCUGUUGCAUGGUCCGAUUCUAACUACAUAAAGAAGACAAGGUUUAUGGAGCCUGCAGUUGUUCCAGUUCAUAUAAUCAGAGAGAAAAGACGGUCACUCAGCAAUGACAGGGCUUUAAAUCCCAGUAUAUCUGGAACUGAACAAGACUCACCAUGUUCUUCCAAGAUGACACAAAGAUUCCCACGUUGUUUGGACUAUAAGUUCACUGAAUUGUCCAUCAGCAGCCGCAGUUCACACGAAGACUAUGAUAUUGAAAAGUCAGUAACAACAAAAUUCUCAAGUGUUGCUCAAACUCCAAGAUUGACACCAGUAAAACAUUCUAUUACUCCAAGGAGACAGAUAACAACGACCAAGAUUCCUCAUAUUGCUUCGAAACGUGAUUCACUUCCAAUGUCGCGCAUUCCAGCAAAAAACUCAUCCCAGGCAACAAGGAGAGUAUCCCUUCCAUUGGCAACUAGAGGCACAACUUUGGAAUCCCCUUACAGAAACAAUAUUGGUCUCCUUGGCAGUGUGGAUUCUCCAGAUGUUUCUGUCAACGCCCCACGGAUUGACAGGAUUGCUGAGUUCCCCUUAGCCUCUUCAGAAGACCCUGUUUUUCCCAUCCGAAAAACCUCAUCAAUAUCAGCACAGUGUUCUUCUUCAGCAGAUAUUGCAGCAGACCGCUCGAUCAUGAAGGACAAGUGCACAGUGCAGGUUGUAGAAAAAGCCUUUUCCAGACGUAGCAUCUCAGACUGGAGUCAUGGGGAAAUACGGAAGGGAAGUGAGCCAUCUGAACAUAAUCCUACUACAGGAGCAUGCAGCAAGUCAUCUGCUGAGUCACAACAGCGUCGGUUUGACACAUCAUCCUACCAGCAACGUGCUGAGGCUUUGGAAGGACUGUUGGAGUUCAGUGCGCGUCUCUUGCAGCAGGAACGGUUCGACGAGCUGGGUGUGCUGUUGAAACCUUUUGGACUAGAGAAGGUUUCUCCGAGGGAGACUGCCAUUUGGUUGGCUAAAAGCUUCAAGGAGACUGCUACCUAACAUAGAUGGAAAUCCUAAUGUUGGUCAUUUGAUUCCGUUUCCAAUUUGUAAAUUGUACAUGAAAGGGCUCAAAGAAGUUCAGAGUUGUCUUCAAACUCAGAAGACAUUACUUAACUGGGACUGUUAGAAUUUGAUUGAUAGAUUAGGCUUCACGGGUGAUCCUGUUUGUUUUGUUUGUUUGUAAUUUUCUUCCCCUACUAACGGCUGUGUUUUUUAGCGCUUGAGUUUCUAAUUUUAGGUAAUUGGGUCAGUUUGGACCUAUAUUUUCAAA